UGAUAAAAUGGGAACAUUUACUUCAAAACAAGAAGCAUAUAAUUUAUUAAAACAACAAUAUGAUUUAGUAAAUACACAAUCUACAGUAACAACACAACCAUAUAGAAUAACAUCAGAUUCUAAUGAUCACAAGGAAACAGAUCUUUUUGAUUUCAUGGUUAAUGGCGGACAUUCGAAUCAAGCACAAAGUCAAUCUCGUGCGAUGAAUGAAUUUGAAUUAUAUUCAAAAGAAGAACAAAUACCAAAAACGAUUGAAACUAUAGUUGCAUCCGCUUGUAAACAACAGCAAGAGCAAAUUAUUGAAUUAACUGUCGAAUUAGAUAGAACGAAAUCCGAAUUGGAAAAAGUGUCAUCCCACCUAAAUGAUUUGAAACAGUAUGGUAAACGUAAAGAUCUGCUUAUUUACGGUAUUCCAGUGAAAAACGACGAAAACUUAUAUACAACAGUAAUGGAAUUAGGAAAUGCCUUAGGUACUAAACUAAACAGAAACAACUUCAAUGCAAUUCAUCGUUUGCCAGCAAAAAGAACAGGUGAUAAAUUAAAGUCAACAAUUAUUGUAAGUUUUGUGUGUAUUACUGAUCGUAAUAAAUUCUAUCUAUCACGCAAACAACUUGGGCGACACGAAAAAUUCAAAAAUAUUUUUGUUAACGAACAUCUAACAUCGUACAACAAUCAAUUGUAUUUUUAUGCAAAACAAAAGCUAGAUAAAAAGAGAGUAUUUACACGAAACGGUAACGUUCAUCUAUUUAUUGAAAAAGGUAAAUAUAGAAGAUUUCAGUCUAUGGUGGACAUUGACAAUGCUUAUGAUCAAUCAAGUAACUGUGCUAUUCGGAUGAUCUCGUCAUGACCCUUCGAUUAUUCGCGAUCAUUUUUCUUUUUGACCAUUUCUUCUCAUUCUCUUUUUUCUCUUAUCCUUUAUCUAUUCUGUCCAACGCUAUUUAUAUACUAGUAUGUGUUAGGUCCUGUUUUGGUGGUGGUAGAGUGGCUAUUUUCUUUCUUCCAUAAGUAGGGUUAAAGGAAACGUGCUUGCUGGUGAAAUAUUUACAUUUAUGAAUAUAAGAAGUCUACUUCCACAGAGGGAUGUUGUUAGUACCUAUUUGUUUCUUGCUUGUCCUGUGUUUUUGUGUCUAACUGAGACUUGGCUUGAUCAUAGUAUUUUAGAUAGGGAUAUUAACUUUCUUCACUAUCAGUCCCCAAUGCGCUUAGAUCGAGAUCGCCAUGGUGGGGGAUGUGCG